GAGAUGGGAUAGCUGAAAACCCUUUGAGGAAACGAUGAGAAUAAGAGACUUCAGCCUGCUGCUCGCCUGCUUCAUCCCGCUCUUUGGUGCUGCUCGCUUGUCAGAACACUUCUCGACUUCGCUGUGCCUCAGAGUGCGAGGAGGAGCCUUGGACAAGUUCGGACACAAGUUGAGCCUGAGAGAUUCCGGACGAGUGGGUGACUUGUGGGACUAUCACUACCUGACCACUAGGAGCUCUGGGAAUGUUGCCUUGUUCCGACACCGGACCUUAGGGACAGCGCUUGAGCUCAACAGUUGUACAAACCAUGUGAGAAUCAUCGAACACGACAACAGUAACGGGACAUGGGUCUCAAUCAGUGGAGAGCCGAUCCCUUUCAUUUCGCCUAUCCCUCUAGUCCGCAACAACUUGAUACACUGGGAUGCUGAAGAUGGCUUUUUGGCCCCGGAUGUUCUCGAGGCACUUCAGAAUGAGACGCGCUCAAGGAGCCUGUUGGCUGAAUGGCUGGACUUCCAUGAGUGGACCGUGUGGGACGACGGAACAAAACCGUACAUGGAGAUUCAGAAUACAGUCUAUGGAGCCAGGAUCAUGUUGACAGAAGACGGUUUGGUCUUUCUUGGUGCUCCGGCCGGACUGUUCCAACCUCGUAAGCCCAAAUCCGUGAUCAUCAAGAAUCAGUUGCCGUUGGCCCUCAAGUCGCUCAAGGAAGGAUUGGAUUGUGUCGCAGCUCUCACUCGAUAGUUCACUGUCGCUGACCACAGGGCCUCGUCGUUGCAAGAAUAUUCAUUAUAACACAAUUCUAUCCC